CACUUUCCUGUAACCACACCGGCGCGUCCCCAGCCCUCUGUCAACCGCCCACGUCCAUCUAUGGAUGACCCCAGCAGUGACAGUGACUCGCCUGCUCCCUCCAUCGUCUCCCUUCUUGGUAUAAAGGGGUCCAUCCGCUUUCGACGGCACGGCGCCAGCCAGAAAGCGCACGUCGUCCUCCGACGCGUCGACGACGACUCGGACGACGAGGAUGCGGGCGAGGAUGGCGCAGCUAAGCCUAAGACCACCGUGCGCUUCAGCCUCUUUGCCCGCAAACGUAUUGAGGUCAAGCCCGGUAAGGAGAUCCUGCUCGCGCUCGAGACCGCCGACGGCGUGUUCGGCAAGGAUGAGGCUAUAGUACUCGAGGGGGACAUUGAGGGCGCACAGGCGCCCCCGGAGGAGGAGGACAAGACCCAGGUCGCGGACGAGGACAUGCAGGUCGACAUGCCACCGCCGCCGCCGCCGCCUGUACAGGUUGUUAUCCCUCCCAAGAUGCGGCGGACGUGGACGAAGCAGGCCGAGCAGGUAAGCGCAACCGCAGAUACCUCGACGUCAUCGACGGCGAUAGCGACGACGUACGCAACCGUGGAAACGCAGACAGACCCCUUACCCGAGGCCACUCCUGCUCCCCCUCCGCCAGUGAAGCUAGACCACGGCGUCCAGGCGGACCCUAUCCUGCCGCUGACAUCCUCCAGUGUCGCUCAGACUGAUCCCAUACUCCCUCCGCCUACAUCAGAAGGCGCUUGUCAGACGGAUGGCACCUCAUUAUCGAGGGUAGAUGAUGCUGCUCAAAUUGACAUUCCACCUUCGCCACCAAGGUCUGAUGGCGCUGUUCGCGCUGUGGAGACCGAGGACUCUCACUCCCCACCACAGGUAAACAUGUCUGACGAGAUAACUGUCGAAACUCUGGUGCGGCCUUCGCCUUCUUCUGAGUUGUCUUCUUCUCCUCUCCCUCUCCCUGUUAGCUCGCCUUUGACAGAGGUCACACCAUCUCCCCUUGGCAGCGACAACUUAUUGCUUGAACAAGCCGGGCCAUCCAGGGCGUCAUCACGACCUCCGCCUCCAUCCACGACAAUGACGACGAGCAGACCCGCCUCUUCAAUGUCGAUCACCAUGGCCGACCCUCAUACGUCCGGCUCGGGGUCACACAGCCCAAACGCUACCAUGGUCGACGAGUCACAAAAGAUCGGGUUUGCUUUUCCAACACGCCCCAAAUCAACCUCGCCGUUUGAAGUUCCUGGCCUCUUCGCAGACGAUACUUUCUCAUAUUCGACAAGUUUCAACGACGGCGAUCCGCCUUUCGACUCUACUCCCUAUGAGCAGGCUUCCGAGCCGCCUCGGGACUCGUCACCCCGGUCCCCGCCUCGGGACGAGCCUGUCAUUCAUAAGCCGAAGCCAUGGAAUCCGUUUGUAUCUGGUGGUCAUAUUACGGAGUUUUUGGGAUCACCGAGGACAUCUGAUAACCAGUCUCGCUCCAUACCUUCCACUCCCCAAGCCGAUGAGCAGGUCCUACACCCACCGCCUUCGGAAUCUAUUCAAAUCCCCACUCCGGUUACCCAGUACAGUGCGGCCCCGACGCCAGUCUACCACCAAGAACCGAUACCGAUUCCUCAGCCUCGGGUUACGCCUAUAGCAAUACCUGACAUAACGUCUCAGAGCCAACUCACCCCUCCGUCAUCUGCUACAUCUAACAGCAACCCUCCCAACAUGUGGGCACAACCCCCACCCGUGCCGCCUCCGGAGGUAACAGGCCCACGCACGAUGUCCUCCUCGAAUCGCACCCUCCCCUCUUCCUCCAAACCCAGCUACACCCCCACCACCCCCAUCACUGCCGCCCCUUCCGUGUCAAUGCAGACGCGCAGCCAGACCUCCAAGCUCGCGACACCAGCCUCGACCGCCGCGCUGCCCAGCCGGCCCUCGGACGCCGUCAUCGCGGCCUCUGGCAGCACAGGGCGCAAGAGCCAGCGGGUAGGCCCUGGGCCUGGGCCCGAUCUGCAGACGGCGUAUCAGCAGAUGCAGCUGCACGAGCAGCAGCAGCAGACGUACACGAAGGUCGAGUCUGCGAACGAUCCGCGGCUGACGUUUGCGGCGACGGGCUCGGUGUCGAAUCCGCUGGGUAUACGGCCGGCGGCGCAGAUGUUGUUGCCGAGGGCGCUGAGGUCUGUUGUGGACGUGGCUGCUGGAGCGGGGGCGGGGGUGGGGGUGGGUGGGGUUGGGCCGACGUAUGUGCAGGGGGGCGGGGAGAAGGCGGGGGCGGGGAUAGGGGUGCAGCUGAAGCAGCAGCAGAAGCAGGUACCGCAACAGCAGCAGCAGCAGCAGCAGCAGCAGCCGAAGCAGCAGCAACAGAAGCCGCCUGCUGGGCCUAAGAAGCGGCUCGUCGUAGGGCCCGGAUGGAACCACAACAGGCUGACGAACGGGCACGCGCCGAGUGCAGAGCCUGCGCCGUCGACGGCGUCCGCGUCUAGCACGCCCGCUGUGCAGGUCAAGAUGGAGUCGCCCACACCGGUGCUGCGGCCUGCUACGGCGAGAGUCGGGGCGUCUGCCCGUCGGUCCGGGGGCGCAAGCCGGGAUGACAAUGUGGAUGGGAAUGGGGGUGGAGAAGACGACAUACCAGGCUUGUCGGGCUUCGUGCCGUAUUCGUCACCGUCGCCGCCGCCGAGCUAUUCGCCUCCACCCUCGGUACCGACGGGGCAGGGACAGGGGCAGGGGCAGGGUGCUCCUGGGGCUGCUGCUCCCUCGCAGGUGCCUUCGAAGGUGCAAGGGCAGUCUUCCCAGACCCAGACCCAGACCCAGACGAAGGCACAGGGGAAGAAGAAGUCCUCGAGCCGGUCAAGCAGCGUGCUGUACGACAAGUCGUUGAGGUCGCCGACGACCAAAGGUCUAUUAGCGGAGCUCUCGGCGGUAAAACAAGCGAGCGCGCUCCAGCUCGCGCAGAUGGCGUGCUCGUCCAAGCAGCAGCAGCAGCAACAGCAACAGCGGCAGUCGCCCGCACCAGUUCUUUCCGCCUCCGCCUCAAAAGCGAACGGGCACCAGGUAGUGGUGGUGCCGCAGCAGCAAGAGGAGUCCCCGCGUUCGGACGCCAAGGGCAAGAAACGCGCGCUGUCGAAUGCGGGGUCGGACGUGCCGCGCAAGAAGGAGAAGGCGGUGGAUCUCGAGCACGCUUCUGCUUCUUCGAGUAGUGGUGCGGCUGACGGUAUGGACUCGAGUUGGCCGGCGCAUGCGCCGUCGGCUACUGGGCGGGUACACUCGGGUGGAGAGGCGGACGCAGAAGGAGAAGGGGGAGGGGGAGGAGAAGGAGGUAGCACGGAGGUUCUGGAUAUCGUGCUGAACUCGGAUGGGCAGAUGCUUGCUGUCAUAUGCAACGACUCCUCGAUACGAAUAUGGAGCAACGCGCAGCGGCAGGAGACGGCGCGGCUGGCGCUGAACGCGCCGGUGGUGGCCGCCGCGUGGAUGAUGGACGGCAAGUCGCUCCUCACGCUCGCGCGGGACGGGGUGGUGAGCCAGUGGACGCGCGAUCCACUGGGCCAGUGGCAGUGGACGAAACUGCUAGACGCGGGCAAGGAGGAAGCGGCGUGCCUCGCGCACCGGCGCGAUCGGCUUGCGAUAGGGUUUCCGCGGCUGGGUGUGAAAUUGUGGAUACGGAAUAAAGCAGGGAACUGGUUGCCGCAGCGGUCGAUUCUGCGGCAGAAUGUGACUGCGAUACAGUUUUUGGACGAUGGGGAGGCGUUGUUGGGCGGGACGGGGGACGGUGUGCUGGGCUUACCAGCAGCGUCAAUGCAGAUGGUACAGCGAAGUGCCGAACGGGACAUUGAGAGCUUACGCCUUCCUCAAGUCGAAGAUACAAAAGCUCUCGAUACAUCCAACAGGCAGACGGACAGCGGGCGCGCGAGCCUCGUUAAUAUUUCGAUAACGGACAAGGGGAAGGUGGUGCAGGUGUACCAGCCGCAGGCCGAGAGCGCGGCGAGCGCGUUCGGAGCCAGCUUCGGCGCGACGGGCCAGAUGGUGUUGUUUGGGGCGACGGACCGGCAGGUGCUGGUGUGGGACGCGGACAAGGGCGGGGUGGUGUGCGGGCUGGACUGUCAGACCGAUGAGAAGGUACAGAGUGCCGUGUGCUUCAAUCGGGCGACAGCCGCGGACACGCCGUACAUUGUGGCUGGGACGAAGGAGGGGCAGCUUACCUGGUGGGAUCUUCCACCGAUAUCAUGGACACCAGGGGUUGUAUGGCCUGUGAUCGGUGAUGGGUACCGGGUAGCCGUUGUGGCAGAUGCGCUGGUGGUGGACGGAGGACGCGUUGGGGGCGUGGUAAAAUACUGCCUUAUAAGGGAGAGUCGCGCGAUAGCG